GUGGCUUUCAAGAGCGGGCAUCUGUUGCGCAGGGCAGUUUCUUUCCAUUUAACUUGUAGGCCGCUCUCUUCCACAACAGCCUUUCAGCCUCCUUCGACUCUCUGCUGCAAACGUGACAUCAGUCGCAACAAUGUUCGGACGACUGCGAACGAUUACACUCUCAGUCUCAGCCUUGUGGCAGCUUUCGAGCGCUGUGCCCGCAGACCCAACCAUCACACCUGCUGCUGUGUUACCGAGACAAAACAGCGAUAAAUUUAUUGGAUAUCUCGAAUUUAACAACACUUGGACCAGCCUCAACUGCGAACCCGGCCUUACAUGGUACCAAAGUGGUCAAUAUGCUCAGUGUUGCCCGGAAACUCUUGCUCAUUGCUAUGCGCCAACUGCUUGCGUUAGAGGAUCCCAAAUAUACACUUACCCUGACAUCUCCAGCGUAAGGACGAUCGCUUGUACCGAGAACUACAACAACGCUGCGCUCUCGAUCUGCAACACGAUCUUCAUCUAUGAAAACUCCCAAGAUUCGAAUCCCAGGACAAACAUCAACUGUGGAGACUCUAGCGCGAACUGGUCGUAUUACCGAGAUAUCCCGACGACUGAAGAGGUCAACACUUCUCCAGCGACCUCAAUACCCCAACUCCCUUCAACUACCGUCGUCGGACCUACACAACCCGCCGAACCAAAAUCCGGUUCAAAAGCAUGGAUCGCAGGCGCAGUUGUCGGUCCCAUAUUAGGUCUCGCACUCGUUGGAGCUGGUGUGUGGUUCCUGCUCCGCCGCAGAAAGAAGGCUGCUCAGGUGCCUCAGCAAGGCACCGCAUCCAUGGCACCCAUUGAUCCUUCUCAGCCGCCAGCAGGCGUUGGCGGCUACACAGAUGCAAAGCCUCAGUUUCAGCCUGCGCAGCCAACAUACUAUAAUCAACCCGGGCAGCCGGAUCCAUACGCCCAGCAAGAGUACCUUCAGCAAGGAGGCUUCUCGCCACCUCAGGGUUCACCUGCUCCACAGUACGGUUUUCAAUCUGCUUACAAUGAUGCUGCGAAUCCGCUGCCCGGGACUUACGCACAUGACGCUAAGCACGAAGCCGGCGGAGCUGCGGAGCUUGGUGGUGAUAGCACUGGGAAUGUACCAGCUUCGCCGCAACCAGAUACUGCUCAGACUUCUCAGGCUAUUGAACUAAGUGGUGCGAAUACCAAACCACAUGGUGAAGGGUUGCCAGGCGGCAACAAGCCGCAGUAAGCGGUCAGAUUUGAGGAUGGGCAACAUAGUAACACUGUGGGCUGUGAAUGAGAUGAACCACACAGUCGAGGUGUGCUCGACUUGGAAUGUUCAUAGA